UUUGGAGUCUCCAAAAAGGCUUCUAGUCCUUCUCUCUCUACACAAUUUCUACUCUCUCUAAAAGCUGGAAACGAGCAAUUAAAAUUAAGUACUUUAAAAAAUCUUAAAAAAAAUCGGUGCUCCUCAGAUUCCAGUUCACGGCGUUGAUAACAACAACACUCCGUUAUAUAAGAAGAUUUCUUCUCUCUGUCUUAAUCACCUCGUAAAAUGGACGGUGGUGAUGGAACGGUGAGGUUAGGUGCUUUGCACUUGAAGCCGGAUCGGAGCGUCUUCGAUUCCGGUGUUGAUGUGUCCGUUUCAUCGCCAGUUACCAGACAAAAAGCUGCUGCAGCAAAACAGUUUAUUGAGAAUCAUUAUAAGAAUUACUUGCAAGGAUUGCAAGAUCGUAAGGAGAGGCGACGAGCUCUUCAAAGGAGAGCACAAGAAGCUCAGGUUUCACAUGAAGAACAAGAGGAGAUGCUUAGGAAUUUGGAGCGUAGAGAAACGGAGUUUAUGAGGCUCCAAAGGCGUAAAAUUGGAAUUGAUGAUUUUGAGCAGUUAACUGUGAUUGGUAAAGGCGCAUUUGGGGAGGUUAGGCUAUGCCGAGCCAAGGAUACCGGGGAGAUUUUUGCUAUGAAGAAACUGAAGAAAUCAGAGAUGCUUAGCCGUGGGCAGGUUGAGCAUGUCCGAUCUGAGAGGAACUUACUUGCGGAGGUUGAUAGUCGAUGCAUAGUAAAACUUUUCUAUUCUUUUCAAGAUUCUGAUUUCUUGUAUCUGAUUAUGGAGUAUUUACCUGGUGGAGACAUAAUGACAUUGUUGAUGAGGGAAGACAUUCUUUCUGAAGAUGUUGCACGUUUUUACAUAGCAGAGAGCAUUCUAGCCAUACACUCAAUUCACCAACACAACUAUGUUCACAGGGACAUAAAACCAGAUAACCUGAUACUGGACAAAAAUGGCCAUUUAAAGCUUUCCGAUUUUGGCUUGUGCAAACCCUUAGAUAAGUAUUCAAAUUUACUAGAAAAUGAAGAUAUUUCUACCCAGGAAGUGGCGAAUGAAUCUGGAGGGCAUUCUGCCAGUGACAGACCCCCUUGGUUGAUGCCAAAAGAGAAAUUGCAACAAUGGAAACGUAAUCGCCGUGCAUUGGCUUAUUCAACUGUUGGAACUCUUGAUUAUAUGGCACCUGAAGUGCUGUUGAAGAAGGGAUAUGGAAUGGAGUGCGAUUGGUGGUCCCUUGGUGCAAUCAUGUAUGAGAUGCUUAUAGGCUAUCCUCCCUUCUGCUCUGAUGAUCCAAGGAUCACAUGCCGCAAGAUAAUCAAUUGGAAAACAUGUCUCAAAUUCCCCGAGGAUCCAAAGAUAUCAAGCGAGGCCGAGGAUCUUAUUUGCCACUUGCUCUGUGAUGUUGAGACAAGGCUGGGGACCAGAGGGGUUGAAGAAUUGAAGACGCAUCCAUGGUUCAGAUGCACUCAGUGGGAUUUGCUGUAUGAAUUGGAAGCUGCAUAUAAGCCUACAGUCAUUGGAGAUUUGGAUACUCAGAACUUUGAGAAGUUUCCUGAUUUGGAAGGCCCACCAUCAACAAUACCAAGUGUGGGACCUUGGAGGAAGAUGCUGACAUCAAAAGAUACCAAUUUUAUUGGAUUUACUUAUAAGAAAUCAGACGUCCUUAAAUCACUGGAAAGUUCAGGUACAGACAUGAAAUUGAAUGAAUCCUCGAAAGCUGCAUCUCUAAUUUCCUUGUUAGGUCAGAUUGAACUUGAAGAGACUGUAAUAUCAGAAGGUGAGCAGAAGCCGGAAACGUGAGAUCCAACUAUCACACUUUGCUGCAAGUGAUGUCGGUAUUCCUAGUUUUACAAUGAGAAUAAUCUACAAAUGGAAGAAUUAUACGAGGCUGAAUUGGCAGAGUAGUUGUAUGAAGACAGGAACAAAGGACACCAUCAGCUUAAGGGGUUGAUGUGUUCUGCGGCUACAAUGAUUUUUGCUUACACGAAUGUGUUUUGAUACUUUAGAGCAAGUAAAUAGUUCAAUCCAAUUCUAAAACAGCUGUUUGAGUGCA